CUUAAACUUUAAUUGUGCCAUGUAGACAAGAGAGCUGAUUUUGCAUUAAAUUUAAUUAGUUCUACUUUUAAAUAAUAACCAUUUUUUUUACGGCAGCAAUACUUGCGAUCUGGAGGAACUUAAUUGUUACUAGAAAAUCAAUUUUUUCUAGUCCCUUCUGCAAAAUACCUAUUAGGGAACUUGAACAAAAUUUUAAUUUGAAAAAUGUAUUUGCAAAAUUUAAAUCUUCUUAGAAACGCGCUGCCAUUGGCCGUGACCGGCUGUGACGUCAAUUCGCGCGUUAGACUACGAGCCAGCCGGACAGCAGCAUAGAAGCUAUUAGGGAACGAUUAAACAUUCAUCUUGAUGAUCUUAAUAUUAAUUUUAGUCUUGAUCCUGUCGCUUACUUUCGUUAGAAAGUUUUGAAAAUAACCGAAACCGAUUUUUUAAAACGUCCAUCUGCUAAUUUACCUUUAAUGGACAUGUUUAUGGUGACAUCUUACAUAUAAUACACAAAAAGUUUUGAUGAGGUUCGCGGUGUUAAAGCUAAAAGGUAUGUUCAUAGAAUAUUUAGCCACUAGUUGAAACCCAAUAUAAUAUUGUAAUCAGUAAUAAGUUUUCUAGUUUUUAAAAUUCGAAUGGCGUAUUAAACAAAAUGUAAAUUACACUGCUAAGUAUCGAUGAAUGUCAUCGGAGAGCAGUACGGAAGAUCACUUCGACCGCUACCGCAUCGCCGCUCUUGAAAAUGUCUGCUGCAGUUGUAGACGAAACGUCGGGGGUAAUCUCGGGACCACGGCUCAAAAGCCCGGAAAUACUUGGCAGUGUAAUUUCUGGCCGUGAAAACCUAACAUCUUUGAUAAAAUGUAAAUUAUUCAACAGAAAAAAACGAAAAGGAUUUUUUUUAAACUAGUGGAAACCUAAAUACUAUUUUUAAAGUAUAACCGAAAGUGUUCUUUAUUUUAAAUACAUCAGGAAGCCAUUCCUAUUGAGACUGCAAUAGGAUGGGUGCAAGUUUGAAAAGUUGAAAAUGUUUGCACGGUUAAGGCUAAAGUGAACCUGAACAUAAUGUUAACAAAAGACGGCGGCUUAUAUUUUCUGGUAGACGAAUAAAAAGUUUAUCUGGCGUUUUACGCGUUGUACUCAAACACGAUAGCACGAUUUGUAACAUUGUUUUUGUGUUGCUACCAUUAUUAUCAUGUAAAGCACACUAAGCACAAAUAUAAACUGAUGUAGAUUAAAUACAAACACAUUUUACACUGGCCAAAAAUAAACGUAAAUAAUAUAAUUCUCGGCCUGAGAAUUAUAGUGUUAUCGUAUCGUAUGGAUCGAAAAGCAGCGGUAUGACGUCACAAUCAUUCCAGCGCGUUUAGUGUCGUUUAAAAGGAAUAGCCGGGUGUCACAACUUUAAUUAUUCAUUGUAACUUAAAUAUUGGAUUUUGAGUCUUGAUAUUUGGUAUGCGUUAUUUCUAUACAUAAACAAAAUAUAUUUUGUCAUUUUACCACGUCCGAUUCGCUUCCCACGGAUCCCUGCCAUUUUUUCUGGGAUAUUGCAGCACGGGUUUGGGAGCAAUUAGAUGUUUUCAAAGAUGUUACCGCACGGCUUGAAUUUUAAAGUUUGCCAAUUCUGACGGUCAUGUCAGUGAAUGUAUUCGUGUUGUUUUGCAAAAAUGUACCCAAAAACUAGCGGUCAUAGAAGAAGUGUGUAGUUGUAGCAUAUUAAAUAUACUAUUUCCAGACUGUUUAAAAAUAUCUUUUAGCAAAACAUGUAGCACGGUUCUUCAAUGUACUUUUACGUAAUUAAUCAUUUUUGUGCUUUCUGCCAAAGUUUGGCUACUGUUCAAUUCUGUAAACAGAACACUAUUCAUAUAAAUAGGCAAAACACAAAAUUACCGUCAACAGUUAAAUUAAAAUUAAAAAAAAUUUUGUUCGACCGGAAAAAUCCGAGGAAGUCGGCGAAACGAAACGCUAUUUUGUCAACAAAAUACCUUUCCUGAUGUAAUUACAUUUGCGAAGCGGAACACAUUAAGAGCUACCUUGAAUUGUAAAUACAAAGGGCAAAUGUAGCAACCAAAGAGGGUUUUAGAGAUGUAAUGGAGGAAAAAAGCAAAACUGAUUUUCAAAUACCGGAGAUCAAUAAAGAUUUCUCGGUAUAUCCAAACACACAUAAUUAUAACAAAAGCACUUACUUGCAGCAGGUAACUGGAACUGUCUCUUAAUACCAUAUAACUUUAUAAUUACAUUUACAAUAUAUUCGUCACAGUAAUUUUACAAAAAUUAGCCAAAUAUAUCCACUAAGUUUAGUUGAACAAUUGAACAAUUUUAUCAAUAAACACUUUCAUAAACGACUUAAACUGCAUCCAUAAGGUGAUAAGAUAAUUUGCCAAUAGACUAGAUAUGAGUAUAGUUCGCCGGAUGAUAUACCGUUUUUACGAUAUUGGGUAUUUAACUCUGGUAUAUUUUAAUGAUUGCAGGCUUACCUCGCUUGGAUUUCUCUUUGUAACCCUAAAUUAAUAGAUUCGCCAUUCCACAAUGACUUUACAGAACCAUAGUUCUGUACCUCGUGCAUACAAAUGCUGAACGCUGACGGAUUUGUGUAGAGUUUCGUCGGUGAGAUUCCUCGGUUAUUAGUCCAUACAGUGAAAAAUCCAUUUUUACACACACAACCUCAGUUUCAGCGGCGGCACAGCCACAAUUCAUGCCGAAAACUCUAGUGAUGCUUUUGAGCCCGCAACCACUGAAAAAUAGGCGACAGAUAUUACUGACAUUACAGUAGCAGGGAGCGACGGUAAAAGGAUUAUUGACAGGCUUUAAAAUUAAUGGGGUUGUGUGUGUAUUAUGAAUAUAAAUGAAGGAGUAAAUAAAUAAAACUAUGUUAGAUAAGUAUAAACAAAAAAUUAUUGUUAAGCGAAAAAUUUUGAAUGGUUUCGAUGAUAGAUUUCGGUAUUUUUUCCGCUUGUGCGAAAUGGUAGCUGGCAUUGUCCAUCACGACAACACUGUUUGGUAGAAUAUUGGGAAGCAAUUUUUCAGAAAACCAUUUUUCAAAGAUGUCUGCUGUCAUGUUUUCGUGAUAGUCAAUCUUUGCUCUUUGACAUCUUUUGCAGAAAGCAACAAAGCGUUAUCUACCCAACCAACUUUAGAGCGCCAAUGUAGUAUAAUAAUUCGUUUGCCCCGCGCUACUGGCACAUCGUUGCUAUCAAACUAGGUCUCAUCUAAAUGUAUGAUUUCUCUCAAGUAUCUUCUUGUCCACCAGUCUGAAAUUCUUCAUGAUUCCAUCAAAACUUGUCUCUUAUUGAUGGUUUUGUAAUAAAAACCAAUUCUUCGUACGAACGCUAAUGUUGCUUGGCAACUCACUACUCAACUUAAUGUAUAGUUUUAAUUGUUAAAACGAUAUUCUUCUGAUAUGCAUCAUAUAUCAACCGUCUCACUAUUCCGGUAUCGCGCAUGUCAAGUAGACUUUUUGGGAUCGCACGAUCUUUCCGCGUUUUUCUUUCUUGGACACCAUUUACAACUAUGUCACGUACUGUGGCAUACGGCGUUUUAGCUAUCUCGGAAGUUAAUUUUAUUGCUCCACUUCCGAAAUAUGACAUAGAUUAGUUUUUCUGCUUUAUUUAGAGGGAUAAUGUUAUUUUUUAUGUCUUAGGAAUAGCUGGAGCAACAGAGAUAUUAAGUUAAUAUAUGUCAUACGAUAUUAUAAUCAGAACAAUUGUCAACAAGAUGCCACGCAAACAGUAAUUUUUUUCUUACAUGCGUAUAUUAGAACAUUUCCAAAAAAUAUCUUUUGACGGAAGGAAAUGAUGUCUUGGUCAAUAAUAUUGUUGGCACCCCGUACAUCUAUAAAUCUUUAACCCUUCGCCAGUUAUCUGUAUGAGAUGAAAAAUUUCUUGAUUUUUAUAACACGUUGUUUAACCAAGACUUGUCGCAAUGCAGUGUGGAGCAAAUAUUUCCAGCGCACACAUUUUUUCCAUUAACGGCCGUUGAUCUUUCGCAGCAAUUAACACAGAAACAUAUACAUUUUACGUAACCAGAACUGGCUCCACUUACCUCUUUUCGACCUCUGCGGCCGUAAUCUACGUCGGUAUCAAGACAAUCUCUUCGUGCGUUGAAUUUCAGUACGCGCUUAAAAGUAAAAGUGUAAACAAUCUCGCCGAAUCUCGGCCUAUCAUGUUGUGAAAGUGAAAUUGUUGACGAUCAUCGAGGAAUAGUGGAAAAUCAUUAAGGUUUUUAGCUAAUCAAAUAUGGCGACGUCGACACAAUCAACCAUCAAUAACAUGCCGAUGUAUUCACCCAAACCAUUCAAACAAAUAUGUGACGAACUAAAUGAGCAAGUAAAACUCGGCAAUGAUCGUAACGGCAGCUACCACAAACCCAGCAAAGAGCAGAGCGGAGGAACCGCUAACGAAGUCGCAGUAAUUGACAUUUGCGACGACGGCUUCAACAAAAAGAAACCGAUCGAAUACGUCACAAUCGCCAGAAGGGCGUUCAAGACGGGACGAACGAAGAACUUUGAUUUCAGAAAAAAACAACUUAAAGGCCUUUUGAGGUUUCUGGAGAUUCACCGAUCGGAUAUUGAAGAGGCCGUUCACAAAGAUUUGCGAAAACAUAAACAGGAGACAAAUAUGUGCGAGAUAGAGCUCGUGGCUAACGAUCUGAGGCAUACGUUAAUAGAGUUUAAAGCUUGGGCCUCACCUCGAAAGCCCGAGAAAAGGCUAAUUAACCUAUUGGAUGGAGUUUAUGUACAGAGCGAUCCUUAUGGCGUAGUCCUAAUUAUUGGCGCUUGGAAUUACCCGAUCUUACUCACCUUAGGCCCGUUAGUUGGCGCCUUAGCAGGAGGUAACACAGUUAUCCUUAAACCAUCGGAAUUAGCUCCAGCUACAAAUAAACUCCUAUCGGAAACCCUAAUACACUACUUGGACACUGAGUGCUUCCAAAUUCUGUUGGGUGGUAUAUCGGAAACCACGGAGCUCCUCAAGGAGAAAUUUGACUACAUAUUCUUCACGGGCUCGACGAAAGUGGGCCAAAUAGUUCACCAAGCCGCAGCAAAAAACUUAACCCCCACCACUUUAGAACUGGGAGGCAAAUGCCCUUUAUACCUCGACGAUACCCUGAAUGUUGAAACAGCUGCCAGAAGAAUAGUUUGGGGCAGAUUUUUGAACAGCGGACAAACGUGCGUAGCACCGGAUUACAUUGUUUGCAGCAAGACCGUCCAGGAUAAGUUCGUGGAAGAAGCGAAAAAGGUGCUGGAAAAGUUUUACGGAUCCGACCCGAUGGAAUCCGAAUGCUUGAGCAAGAUAGUGUCCGAAAAGCAUUACAAAAGAUUAGUAGGUUUUUUAAGAUCAGAAAACAUUGCCGUUGGAGGGCACUGCAACCCUCAGAAACUUCUCAUCGCGCCAACGAUUUUAAUCAACGUCGGUCCUCACGACCAAGUAAUGGAAGAAGAAAUCUUCGGUCCGAUACUACCGAUUUUGAAUGUGCUGAACGUCCGAGAGGCUAUCGACUUUAUAAACUCUAGAGAAAAACCACUCGCGCUCUACGUAUUUUCUAACGAUAAAAGUGUACAAGAUAUGUUUCUAACCGAAACAUCUUCAGGCGGCGUGGCGAUAAACGAUACCAUUUCUCAUAUAAGCACGGAGGGUUUGCCAUUUGGAGGUGUUGGUGCUAGCGGAAUGGGAUCCUAUCAUGGAAAGAAGGGAUUCGAAACAUUCACCCAUCAAAAAGGCGUUUUGGUUAAAGACGUAGGAAGGCUGACAGAAGUUGCGAUUUCAUUGCGGUACCCGCCUUACAGUGACGCUAAAACGAAAAUGAUUAAUUCGAUAUUGAAACGCAGAAGAUGCAUACCGUUUGAUGUCUUGGGGAAACUCUUCCUGUUCCUUCUUGGAAUCGCAUUUGCUUUUGGAGUUCAAUACCUAUUAAGCUGAAUAGAUAUAGUAUAAUACCAAAAUGUGAUAUCGAAAUUGUAUUAGAAAAAUAUUGCGGAUGUUAGAUACUUUCAUACAGAGUAUUAAUAAU